AUGACGACCGCCAACGGCGACGACGUGCUCCAGCUGCGGCUGUGUGCCGACGGCUACCUGGACGCCGACGUGGAGGCCACGCCCCGCUGGGUGCGGCGGCUGCGGCUGGCGGACGACUGCCACAGCGCCAACGUGCAGCUGCAGGCGGAGGCCGCGGGCCGGUCCUCCCCGCCCACGCGCUGCAGGGUCCGCGCCGUGCGGCCGCUGUCGCGGGGCCAGAGUGUGCAGCUGUGGUUCGCCGACGACCUGCUGCCCUGCCUGCGGCUGCCCUUCCUCGCGCCGCACAACAUCCAGGGCGAGAAGCGUUACGUGUGCCACCACUGCGGCCGCUCCUUCGAGUUCCCCAACCCGCUCAAGCUGCACCUGGCGCUGGACUGCGGCCGCGAGGACGUGUCGGCGCUGUGGAGGCGGCUGCAGCGGCUUGGCGCGCACCCGGGUCACCAAGGCCACCAGGCCAGCUACCACCAGCACGCGUCCGACAUGGAGACCCUGGUCAGCAACCUGGGCCGCUCCAAGCAGGGCCACCUGUGCAUCUACUGCGGCAAGGUAUACUCUCGCAAGUACGGCCUCAAGAUCCACAUCCGAACGCACACCGGCUUCAAGCCCCUCAAGUGCAAGUACUGCCUACGACCGUUCGGCGACCCCAGCAACCUCAACAAGCACGUCCGCCUUCACGCCGAGGGCGACACUCCGUACAAGUGUGAUCUUUGCGGGAAGGUGCUGGUUCGCCGGCGGGACCUGGAGCGGCACGUCAAGAGCCGCCACCAGGACGGCGUCGAGGGGGACGGUGAGGGCCUGGGGGACUGGGACAACGACAUGGACACGGACAACGACAACGAGCACGACGACGACGAUGUGGAGGUCGACGUGGACGUGGGCGAUGAGGAGGACCAGCUCCACUGCAACGGCAACUCGAUGAGGAAGGAGCAGCGGCAGCAGCGCGUCGGCGUGGAGCGCGACAUCCCCAUCCCCACCGCCUAGGCCGUGCCACCGUGCCGUGGCCGAGCACGAGGCGCUGAAUGGGCCUGGGCCGACUGAGCCCAGUCCCUCUCCACCAAGCUAAGACUGACUGACUGAUACGAUAGAUUGAUAAAGUUGUUGAGAGAGAUAGAUAAAUAUAAUUAUUUUCUUCUAUGCCUGUCCUUUUGUGAAUGUUAUUAAAAUUAAGAUGCAAGCACCUGGUGAGUUGAUGAUG